CUGUGAUCUUCCACCACAUCAAACGCACAUCGACCGCGGGAAAGCAGCGUCCAUGGGCAAUGUGCAUGCGCAGGUAGGGCGGGUCGGAACCGUGGGGCGUCACGAGUACGAGGUGGUCAAGUACCUGGGCGAAGGCGGGUCAUCCUUUAUCUUCCUGGUAAAGGACACUGCUUCGUCGCAGUCGUUCGUGUUGAAGCGACUCGUUGCCAACGAUGCGAUGAGCAUGGAGCUGAUCACAAACGAAAUCGAGUUCCAUCGGCGGUUCAAGUACCCAUCGAUUGUCGAGUUUGUCGACCAUCAAGUGAACAAAAGCCGUAACGAAAGCGAGGUGUUCAUCAUCAUGGAGUUCUGUCCUGGCGGACACUUGUACGACAACAUGAAGAAGAUGGGCGAAAAACGCUUCUCCCUGGAAGAGCUCGCCAAAACUUUCCGCGCCCUCUGUGUGCCGGUGCAGUACCUCCACCGACAAGAACCACCCGUAGCGCACCGUGAUAUCAAGCUAGAAAACUUUCUACGGUCCAAAUCCGGCGCGUACAAGCUGUGUGAUUUUGGGUCGUGUGUCGAUGGGCCGCGCCACCUGACCACGAAGGAAGACCGUCGAACGGAGAUCGACAUGGUUGAGAAGCGCACGACAGCAAUGUACCGCAGUCCAGAACUAGCCGACAUCGAAGGCACAGCCAUGUUUGGGAAUGGCGUGUUGACUGAAGCCGUCGACAUUUGGGCCUUGGGAUGCGUGUUGUACACGAUGGCGUUUUUUAAACCGCCCUUUCCCCCCGAAGGGCUCCGCACAUCCAAGUUCACGAUUCCUUCCGGUCAUGGCUACGGCAAGGACGUGCCGGAGCUCAUCAAGCGCAUGCUAUGCGAAGAUGUCGAGGAGCGCGCAAACAUCGACGAGGUCCUCGCUUGCUGCGACGCGAUUCUGGCCUCCCAGCCAUUGCCGAAACGCGGCAGUGUGGCCAAAUCGACGUCGCGACCUGGUUCAGGUAGCACUUCUCGCACCAACUCGGCCGACAAGACGACUUUGGCGACUCACGUCGACAACUCGGCGCCGGUCAUCGACCUGUUGGCUGCGGUGCCUGCGCCCAUCGCCCCCUUCGCAAACGGAGACAAUGGCGGCGGCUUUGCCGACUUUGCCGACUUUGACAAGUGUUCGGUGUCGACCCCGACGUCGUUUGAUCGGUUCGCGCCGCCAGCGGCUCCAGUGGGAGCGGCGGGGAAGAAUCCCAGCAAAGUUAUCGACUCGUUUGGGUUCCUCGUGAGCCCGACAAGCGCUGGAGGGAAGCACACGGAAGCCCGGGACGUGUUUCAAGCGUUUGACGAUUGCACCCCAAAACCCCCGUCGUGGGUACCGACCGGGGGGGGAUUUCCGCAGGGAGACUAUCAGCAAGGCGGGAGGUUCCCCCAGGGACCGUUCAACGCUGGGGGCUUUCCCGUCCAACAAGGUGCCAACCACGGCUACGUCCAACACGGCAGCUACCACCCGCUGGGUGGUGCCUUUCCUCCGCAGGGAAAUUUCCCGCAAGCGGGGUUCCAAGGGUACCCUGGCAACGGCGGGGGCGCAUAUCCUCCAGGACAUGCCGGUGGCUCGUUUCCGCUGUCCCCGAUGGGGCUGCACAAUCUGCAGAGCCCGCCGGCAGCCGCGGAAUCGAAUGGCAACUGGAAAAGCUCGUACGAGUUCAAAUUCUAACGACGUCAUCACAGUGCAUGACCUGCUUCUGUCG